CACGGCUUGUGAACGGCCGGCCGGUCCAGCUGCACUCUCUCCUCUCUGCCGCUGCCUCGGGGGGAACUAAAUUAUUUCAAAACAACCACGCGAGAGGAGGUGUGCUGUUGACCGAGGGAGUGCUGACAGAGAGGGUCAGAAGAUGAGCGAGCCGUGGAAGCCGCCGCGAGGACAGUGAGGAGGCGAGAUGGCAGCGCACGCGUUCAAAUGCCUGCGCCGGCCCGGGCGCUAGAGCCAGCAACAGUGAGUGAGGUGAGUGUGUGAGUGUGUGUGGAAGGCCACCCAGUGUUUUGACAGGAGAGUUAUGGAAUAUGAGGAGCCCGACGUGCCCCCAGCUGAGACCCCCAUCAAAAGAGGAGGAGUCGUGUCCAAGAAGACUCAUUUGACCCAGAUUGAAGUUAUCCCCUGCAAGAUCUGCGGUGAUAAGUCCUCUGGAGUGCACUACGGAGUCAUCACUUGUGAGGGCUGCAAGGGAUUUUUCCGGCGCAGCCAGCUGCCGACCGUAUCCUACUCCUGCUCCAGGCAGAGCAACUGCCAGAUUGACCGGGCCAGCCGCAACCGCUGCCAACACUGCCGUCUGCAGAAGUGCUUGGCCCAGGGCAUGAGCAGAGAUGCGGUGAAGUUUGGCCGGAUGUCCAAACGUCAGCGGGACUCUCUCAUCGCUGAGGUGGAGAGGCAUCGGCAGCAGCAGCAGCAGCAGCAGCAGCUUCAGGGAGACGCCCAGUCCGUCUUGUCCUACCCCGGCAAGGCCCGUCAAGACCGCUCGCCACAGCUCCUUCAGCCCACGGCCUACUCCUUCAGCGGGGAGGCCGAGCUGCUCACCUACACCGCCGAUGUUCACCCUUACCUGGUGUGCUCCCCGAACGAGUCGCAGGUGUCGGGUAUGAUCUACCGAGGCUCCGGCAUCUCUCCCACAUUGAGGUCCCAGGGGAGGGGGGACAACAGCGGGCACCCUGACGGAAGAGGAUUUGACUCCAGACAGCCGUCUCAUGAUCUGCUGGCCAUUCAUCCCUACAACCCUCUGGAGGAUCCUUACAGCCUCUAUCCUCACUCUCUGAGAAACAUAGAUGAGCUGUGUGCCAGCAUUGUGCGUUCCCACAGAGAGACCAGCCAGUACAGAAUGGAGGAGCUGCAGGCUCUCAAAUGGAAACUGUUCAGCAGAGAGGAGAUCCAAGCCUACCAGAGCAAAUCAGUGGAUGAGAUGUGGCAGCACUGUGCCAUCCGACUGACUGAUGCCGUGCAGUAUGUGGUGGAGUUCGCAAAACACAUCCCGGGCUUCCGUAACCUCAGCCAGAAUGACCAGAUUGCUCUCCUGAAGACUGGCUCCAUGGAGGUGGUUCUGGUCAGGAUGAGUCGGUUCUUCAACACAGAGAACAACACUGUCUUCUUUGAUGGGAAGUUUGCCGGAGCUGAAGUCUUCAAGUCUUUGGCGUGUGGCGAUUUAAUCACAGCAGUGUUUGACUUUGCUCAUGGCAUGUGUGCUCUGAAGCUCACUGAGCACCAGAUCGCUCUCUUCAGUGCUCUGGUGCUGAUCAACACAGAUCGUCCAUGUCUGGAGGACAGAGGCAGAGUUCAGGGAGUGCAAAGAAGCGUGGAGUUAGGUCUCACACACAUUCUACACAGAGACAACCAGGAAAAUCUAAUGCACAAGCUGUACCAGAGGAUGGCGGUGUUGCGCUCACUGUGCAGUCUGCACAUGGAGAAGCUGCGCUGGUUCAGUCAGCGCUACCCGCUCACUGCUCACUCCUUGUUCCCUCCCCUCUACAAGGAGCUGUUCACCUCCGAGGCAGAGCUGCUGCCAGGGACCACUCACCGAUGAUUCCCUAGAAUAUGCAAAGACACGCGAACACACACACGUUAUUUUAAAUCACAUAAUUUCUUCCCUACAGAAUCUAUUUUUCUAAUAAUGAAAAUAAAUGAGAAAAGCACAGUAAUCGUAGUGUGUUAAGUGUUACAUGAGUCUCUUUUUUUUGGUAGAUUGUGUCAAGCAUAAAUUUCAUUGUUUUGAUAGUGUAAAGCUAUUUUCAGUAUUCCAAGGAAACAUGUGUUGUGUUGCUUUUUGACAGUACCUUGUCAGUGGGAUUCAUUUUCUCUCAGGAUGUGCUGCUGUGACUCUGUCCAGCUACAGUUACUGUGUGUCACGGUGCAGGCAGACAUACAGAUUCAAAGAACACCCAUCAUUGUCAACUGAACCUUAGUCGUGCUCCACCUAGACUCUAUCUUCAGAGUACAAAACGCUGACCAGCUGUAGACUUACAAUGUGACUUUAAAAUGCUUGUGAAUACUAAUGUUUUCAGUUUGGAUUUCAUUGUUUGUCUGUUUGCACAAUCCAACCAGAUUAAGGUGCAAGUUUGUAGGCAGAGCCAAACAAACCAAGACCCUUAUCAUGCUUCUCCCCUUGAGAAGUAAACAUCACAUUCCAGGAGCAAAGUAUCAACAUCAAACAAUCAAAAUAAUGAUCAUAUAUGAUUCAUAAUAUGAUCAGCAUUACACAAUCCCAUUUUCCAGUGUCUAUUCCUGUGCUCAAUAUGUCCAAAUAUUUUUUAUAUUAAAUAAUUUCCCUUAACUAUGGCUAAGGAAGUACACAUCCCAUUUACUCCUCAUGCUCAAUCCUGCUGAGUUUGUGAGCGAGCAUCGUGCCUCUCAGUGUUUUCGCCACUAAAGAGAAAGAUUUGGGCGGCAGCAUUGCUUCAGUGCAUGUGCUUGCUUGUGGCUGACGAUCGAGAGGCAACAGGGCACACGAGGAAGCUGAUAAAAUGUUAGCUCUGUGCAAUUAUCUCACGCUCCGGAGUGACAACCAGUUGUUCUCAAAGUAGCCAGAGGCACUCUCAGUCAUGCAGGAGCCUGCACAAUAGACUGGAGCUCACACUCAUUGCCAUCAGCUCGACAUCAUUGUUGAGCUGCGCUUUUUCACUGAUGUUAGAUGUUUAAAGGUUAAUAUAUCGCAUAGCAAGUAUUCCCUACAAUUCAGGAACAAUUGGAAGAUCUUCAGAUGCCAGUAAACCAUAUGGUGGACUCCACUUUUCAUCCUCACCGUGGCAACCUCAGACAUACUGUACAUACUGUAUUCAGCGCUAAACACACCCAAAGAACAAGAGACAACCUGCCCCCUUGUUUCUGUAUGUCUUGAGAAAUGCUUCCCCUCUGAUUGAUGUUGUCACAGAUUGACUAAUAACUCCCACAAAGCAGCAGUACCUCUAAAAUGUUAUCCUUUGUGUUUGAGUAAUUCCUCACAAGCUUUCUUGUCUUUUAAGCUUUGAAAAAAUGUAGCAAAAAAAAUAUUCACUUAAAAAUGUGGAGAUACAGUAGAGGUCUCCUCCUCCGUGUGCAAACUCUUCCUUCUUUUUCCAGAAUAACUUGCAUAUGUUUUGCUUCCUCUACAUAUCUUUGAAUAAAGCUGUGAGUAAAGAGGGAAUGAUGACAGGUUUCAGCAUUAAAUACUGUGUGUCUGGAACGGCUUAGAUUACAAUGAAUAUAAUUCCAUGUAAAUCUUCUAAUAAACUGCUG